CAAACAGCUCCGUGAGGAGAUCCAUGGGUUGAAAAGGAAGGGGACCUGAACACCUGCGAUGGCCACGCUGCUGAUUCUGACUGACUGAUCGUCUGUCUUCUCCAUUCCCCCUGGUUCUGCCAUAUAGAAAGAUGGCUCUCUCCUCCUGAUCUUCAAUCAGUUCUCUCCCUCUCGACUUGCGCUUGUGACUGCUCGAUCCUGUGCACCCGUAACCUGCUGGCUGUGACUGAUCCAAUCUUCUUCCCUUUUCACCGCCGCAGCUUUUCUCCCCCAACUCAGCUGUCGACAGAGCUUCCCUCUUUAAAUCACUUGCAGCUGCCACCUCAGCAGUUCCUCCAGGCGACUUGCGCAAUCCAGUCUCCUUUCUUCCCCUCCAACAUGGUCGCACUCAUCCCCCCUCCUGAGCCCCGCACCCUGCUGCCACCUCUACUCGCCUGUCUUCCUACGGCUUUCGUAUCGCCUCAACCCCCUCCGGCUCUGCUGCCCCUCCUGUCUCCCAUUCUGCGCCAACGGGUUAAGAUCCUAAGCUCAGUAUCUGCCUCGCCCACCGAAUCAUGGCUCCGACUGCUGUGCUGGGAUGCUGGACAGGCUGAGCGCCUCCAAACGUUGGUGGAUGGCGCAACCUUCGAGCCACACCCGGUGUCGGGUGAGAUUGAGCUCCCCGAUGAGCUCCCCGUCAGGUACAUGCGUGUGGACGAGGAGACCCUACGGUCGCGUGUCAUACUUCCCGAAUUCAGCUUGAAAGUUAUCUACCUCUGGUGCCCCGACGAUCAGGAAGGCGGGGGCCCCGCGUGGCGGGUAGCAGAACUGUUGCCGCAAGAAGGCAACGUCGACGACGGUGAAGACUGGUCUGUGUCCAUCGGGGAGGCCAACGCUCUCCAGAAAGACCGCCUGCUAGAGGACGCCCUAAAAGCAGGCGAGGCCGCUGAACAGGCAAAGAACCAAGAAGAGGAGGAAGAAGAUGACGAUGACUACUGGGCUCAAUACGAUGCAACUCCCGGAAGAACUCCUGCGAACAAGACACCCGCUCCUAACGCCGUUUCAUCCCUGCAGCAGUCGGAAGCGGAUUACUUUUCUCGCUACGGUGAUGUACAGCCUGCGAUGGAUAACCAUGAUCCCGAGGAAGACCAACCCGAGGUCGGACCCUCCUCCCUCAAUGGCGAUAUGCUAGCCAAACUGCUUCAGCGACAAUUUAAUGGAGACGAAGCUGAUAAGCCGACCAAUACUUCAAAUGGUGUUGCUACCAAUGGAGAUCAUGCUGGUUUAAACCACCCUCGACCCUCCUCCAUCUCGUCUGCGAGCUCCGAAGCUGUCGCCCGACUUGAACAAGAGGCUGAGAACCAGUCGGCGUAUGAAGUGGGCGUCAAACAGCAUAUUGGCUCGAGCAUCAAGGGUCUGUUCCGACUGGCUAAAGCUACGGGCAUCUCGCGCAGUGACUUCCAGUCACUUGUCAAGACGGAACUCGAAUUACUGAACGUGUCGGACGACGAUUGAAAUAGGUGAAUUUUGGGGUUAUUUUUCUUUCUUCAUUCUCUCAAAUUGUAUAUACUGCAUGCGGUCAUGUUCAGCGUUGAGGUGCAUUGAUUUGGCAUUGGAUAUCCCCGGGUAGUUUUGAGGAAUACGUUGAUCGGGUUCAUCAGCACCAUCAUGAUAACAUUAUAUAAUAGCUCAAAUCCAAAUAUUGAAUUUCCG